AUGGUAAUUCCCUUAUUUGCACUCUAUCUUCGUCACCCUCCAGCAACCGUUGCUGAUCUCCACCCUUCACACGCAGUCGCACCUUGGUUGACCGACGUUGUGCAUUGUUAUGACAUCCCAUCCGUUGUACUUUGGAUUCAACCAGCUACAUUGUUCGAGAUAUAUUACUAUUAUUCCAAUGGCUACGGUGACAAUAUCACAAAUGAGAGCAAUGGUCCUUCAUCGCCGACUCAAUUACCGGGACUGCCGCUGCUCGCGGACCGCGACGUUCCUUCUUUUUUGUCCCAUGGAAGUCCAUUUGGUUUCCUUUAUACUUUAAUUGAAAAGCAAAUCCAAGUGCUCAAGGAGGUUAGAAGACCAAGAGUGCUUGUGAAUACUUUUGAUGCAUUGGAAUCAGAGCAAUUGAAGGCUAUUGAUGAGCUCGAAUUAGUGGCUGUUGGGCAGCUAUUGCCUUCCUUGGAGGGACAAGACUCUUCCGACACAUCGCUAGGAGGCGAUCUCUUUCAAGGCUCGAGGGAUUACAUCGAGUGGUUAGACACGAAGCCUGAGGCCUCGGUGAUUUAUGUAUCAUUCGGAAGUAUUUCCACACUAUCGAAGCCACAAAAGGAAGAAAUGGCACGCGGGUUGUUAAGCACUGGCCGGCCAUUCCUGUGGGUGAUCCGGAAAGCCGGAGAAGAAAAGCAAGAGGAAUCAGAGGAUCGAUUGAGCUGUGAAGAGGAGCUACUGAAACAAGGGAUGAUAGUACCAUGGUGCUCCCAAGUCGAGGUCUUGUCGCAUCCGUCGAUCGGGUGCUUCGUCACGCAUUGCGGCUGGAACUCGACGCUGGAGAGCCUCCUCUGCGGGGUGCUGAUGGUGGCGUUCCCGCUGUGGGCCGACCAGCUAACCAACGCCAUGCUCAUCGAAGAUGUCUGGAGGGUUGGGGUGAGGGUCAAUGGGAAUGAACAAGGCGUUGUGGAAGGAGGUGAGCUCGAGAGGUGCUUGGAAUUGGUCAUGGGAGGUGGCGAGAGGAGCGAGGGAAUGAGAGGGAACGCCAGAAACCUGAAGGAUUCGGCAAUAGAGGCUGCCAAAGAAGGUGGGUCUGCGGACAAGAAUCUCAAGGCAUUUUUGGAAGAGAUUGCUUCUAGCUGAAGAAUAGAGUUCAAUUUGGAAUUGAACCAAAGGCUUUUUUGACAUACCGCGUAGAAUUAUGAUGUGAUUAAGGACGGACUUUGGUCCUCCUUUGUUACCAAAAGAAAUUAACGUGGUUGAAAUGUAGU